AAAUCAGUCAGUCUGUAGCGGUAAGUUGGAUCGGUUGUGCUGUAAUCGUAUACUGUGUCCGUGUGGUACGUUCGCUCCGCGGAAAUCCGUCAUAUCACCGUGGUCGUCGUGGACGUUUGUCGUUUGUCGAGCAUCUCUCGGUCUGUCUGUCUCUCGUCUCGCGCGCGCAUUUCGCUGGAGGUGUCGCGUGUUGUUCCGAUACAUUGUAGUAGGUUGUAGGAUUGCAUUUGCCUGCCGGGAUCAAAAGCGAUUGUCUUCUUGUGGGCUGCACAGCAAGUGUGAAUCGUGUGUCGAUCGGUUUUUUGUUUGUUUCGGGAAAAUCUAUCACAUGGAUUAAUUAGCAAACGCGUGUUUGGUGGGAAGUGCUAUGGAUGUUGCCUACUUUUCGGAGGAUCUGAUUUCGGUUCGUUGAUUAACGGUUUAUUGGAUUCGUUUGACCGUUAGAAGUUUGUGUAAGAGGAUCUUGCCCCAGGUGAAGCUUUUAUUGAUUUAAGUUUUCUGUUUCGUUGAGUAUCAAGAAGGAAACCUGAAACCAUCAUCCUCGGAGGUGAAAUUAAUCGAUUUUAAUAUCAAGUUCGGCGUCUUUCGAGAGAAACAGAACCAGGAAAUUUCUUUUCCUUGUUUUCCCAUCCGUUACUGAUCCAAGUGAGUGUGUUUUUAUCUUCGUCGUUUCGAAGAGCAAAAAGAAAUAUCACAUUUCGUACAAAGCGUUUCGUGGAAGUUUCAUCGCAAGUGUGAUCGAAAGCAAAAAAGAGCAAAAAUCCAUCAUCUUCAGGCGCCGGCAGCUGAAGUGGCCAUCCUUCGUUGGAGAGGGUGGAUGAAAACAACCCAAAGUGUGCUCCCCGGUUCGUCUUUUGCUUUUGAUAACGUCGCUUUUACUGAUUUCAUUUGAUCGCCAUCGCAUCGAGUGGGUGAAAGUUUUCCAGCCGUCAAAAUAAAAAGUGUAUCGAGUCGAAAAAUUCUUGAGAAAACUCCCCCGCACCUUUUUGACGGUUGAAGAUAAGCCGUUGAAAGUGAAAUCCGAUAACAAUAUAAAGUGAUUGUUCUUUUUUAGUUACUAGCUGGAAUCGGAAAAAAGUGAAAUAAAAACCAUAAUGCUUCGUGUUGUCCUUUGAGCAAACAAAAAAAAAUCCUUUACCAUUCCUAGCGUGAAGAAAGAAGAUCCCACUCACGAGAAAGCCGGUCUGUACCCCAAAUUUGAAAGCUGUCAGCUGCAAACGUUGCCGCCAACCGAUUUCGAGGCCCAAAAAAUCCAGAGGACAACUUGGCGCCCGGCUAGCCACCAAAGAAAAAAUAUCGCAAAUUUUUUGAUUGAUUAGGGUAAACUUGUGGGGGCCAACAAAGGAAAAAAAAAUAUCGGCGAACAACAUUGUCGCUCCAUAUCUCGGAAAAUCGUGUGCAGAAGUGAGAGAAAAAUUACACAGUGUUUAACAGUGUGCUGUUCCAAGUGUUUUUCAACCUUCCGCUAGAACCGAGUGAGUCUUCAAAGGUUCUCCAAGGAUUAAGCUGAACCCCGUCUCCGAAUCUUCAACGACGACGACCCAGUAGUGGAAACCAGCAAAACGAAGCAAUUUUUCCUACGAGAAAAAUAAGAGCUUAGGAAAAAUGUUGGAUAAAAGUUGGAACCUACCGGUGAUGGCCGCCCAGAUGCUGCUUCUGCUGAUGUUCAUCUUCAUACAAGGCACAGAACCAUCUCCCUCGCCGCUCUACGCGGACAGCAACUACCUCGAGGAGGACAAAUACUCGCCCGGAUUCCUGACACUCGGCCAGAAGUACAGCAUAGCCAUCGGAUCGACGGUGGUGCUGCCGUGCAAAAUUAAUGAGACCGAGAAUUCCAGCCACUACGUGCUGGCAUGGAAGCGGGACAUCGCGGUGCUGACGGCCGGCACAGUCAAGGUGACCGUCAACCCCCGGAUCAGGUUGAUGCCGGUCCAGGGCCAAGCCAACGAACAUGGCGGGCUAUCGACGGGCUACAAUCUGGAGAUUCGAGACGUCCGGGUCACCGAUGCCGGCGACUAUAUCUGUCAGAUUGGGUCCAUGGAACCGAAGGAGAUUGUCCACACCCUGGAGGUGCUGGUCCCACCGAAGAUCGACUACGUGUCCCCGCCGGCCAAGCUGGAUGUGCACAAGGGUGCCCACGUGCGGCUCGAGUGUCGCGGUUCCGGCAAUCCUACCCCGAAAAUUAUCUGGUCCCGGAGGGUAAGUGAGACCAACAACCACCUGCCCAACGGGGAGGCCAACAAAACCGGAAACACGUUCGAUGUGAUGCAUGCCACCCGUCACAUCAGUGGACAUUAUAAAUGCACCGCCGAUAAUCGGGUCGGUCAACCGGACAGCAGGGAAAUCGUGGUCAACGUUCUCUAUCCACCGGAAAUCGAAGUCGAGCAGGCAGUGGUGCACAGUGGAGUUGGACACGAGGCAAUCCUGGUUUGUAUUGUGCAUGCUGAGCCAGCCCCCAACGUCAUCUGGUACAAGGAAUCGACCCAGCUGGGGACCACCGAACAACACUCGCAGCAGGUUCGCGGAAACAGGCACAGCCUCAUAAUCCGGAAUGUGACACUGUUGGACAUCGGAAACUACACCUGCCAGGCAUCGAACACCCUGGGCAAGGAUCGGGGAGCCCUGUCGCUGAGUGGCCUUCCGACGACCUGCUCCUUCGACUCGCCCACGCUGAGCAGCUACCGGGACCAGUACAACAUUUCUUGGACCGUGCAGAGCUACUCCCCGAUCCGGGAGUACCGCCUAUUCUACCGGCUGCAGUCCCCCUCGAAGCACAACCUACUCCACUCGAGCGGAAGUGGCGGCGGUCUGAUGAUGGACAAAACUCUGGACAACCACAUCUACUCGUCGCACCAGGGAGGCAGCUACUAUGGCGGCAGCAGCAGCGGCAGCAUGUACGGGGGCAGCAGUUCCGGCUCUGGUCAUCUGUCUGGCAUGAGCGGUGGCUCCGAGCAGUGGGAGAACGUCGUCAUCCCGGAGAUGUUUGGCGACUACAACAGCCUCCACGGGGGACACUACUACAAUGCGCCGUACAACUAUCAGCCCGGCACCCGGCAUCGGAUGAGCUUCCAGAUGCGGAACCUCCAGCCGGGAAGCAAUUACGAGGCCCGGGUUCAGGCUCGCAACGACCACGGCUGGAACCGACUGUCCAGUAUAUUCCACUUUGCGACCCGGUCGGAAGAUCAAGAACUGGAGCCAUCGGCCCAACCGGCAGUCCACGGUGCCGGUCUGCUGGACAAGAAACUGCUCGGCAGCAACGCCGGAACAUCUAAUUUCCAUAAAUCAUCCACCCGACUGCUACUCCUCGCAGUGACGAUAGUGACGUUUGCGCUCGCCACCACCAGAGGCAGCACCGCGGCAUGAUUUGCAUCAACAUCUCCCUCCACCAUUAGCGGCAAUUUUUUGUUGUUCCAUCGAUAAAUCACUACGAGGACGUAGGUGUGUAACUGUGCGAACUAGCUAAUACACUAACUAGUAGUAAGGGGCGUGGAAAUGGCUGAACUACUACUUCUAGCGCAACCGAAACGAAAAGAAAACUUAAUGAUAAGGUCGUAGCAGAACAACAUAAACAUAUUAUCUCCAGAAAAACGACCCCGGUGAAAGUGUAGCAUUUUCUAACAAUAGGAGACGCCAUUACGACAACCACCGCUCGCUACUAUCUUCGAUUGGUGAUCAGAACAACAACAAAACAAGAGAUGGCGCCACAGUUUGAGUAUCUGUCAACAACAAUAGCUUUUUCGUAAAUAGCAACCGAAAACAAAAACAAACAAACAAACAAACAAAGGUGACAUGUUGCUUUUGCCAUUUUUGUCCCAAAAACCUAACGGAGCCUACCGCUAGCUGUUAAGUAAGAGAAAAUAUAAAAUUCUUUUCCCUUAUAAUGUUCAUAGGUUUAGUUUAUGCAAAAACAAAACAAACAUUUCAAUGUCGCCGACGGCCAUAUUUUUGUACCAAAGAAACCUUCUCUUUCUAAAGAAAAACAACUGUGCCAUGGUGUGUCCAACUGUUGGAGGUUGUCUGAUUAUUCCAGAUAAGCACGAAGCCUACUGCAGUUGAAUGCACUUUGACAGCUUUAGGUAAAUUGAAAUCCGUAAAUUAUGAGACUUUUAAGAAUAUAUUAUUGAAAACCCAUACUGCAAAUGCAAGCUGAGAACGAAUCGCAUCUGGAAUGGAAUCAGUUGAUGAUGAUUAUAGAGACUAGAGAGUAACGGAAAUACACAUAUUUAUUACGUAGGGAACGGAAGCUUGUAAUUUUUUUUUCCAAGUGUAUAAUACUAAACUACUAUUCUAGAGGGUAAUUAAAGAUUAAAAAAGAACGAUGGAAACUAUGACUCUAUAGGAAUAUAUAAAUAUAGAUAUAGAAUCUAAUGUUGGCGUGACGUCCGGAAGUUGACGAUCCGGAUGGGAAUCGGACCAGCUGCUGUAAAGAAGAAAAAAAAGGGUAGAGCGCGCAGUGAUUAGAGUUUAGCGAACAAGAACACAAACACGCGAGAGAGAGAAAGCAGUUUUGUGUUCCAGUUCUUUACCUGCACAACAUUAUCAUGAGAAUGAGCAUUGUAUGAGUCAGAUGUUGGAAUGCUUCAGUUGAAAAAAGGGAAAAUACGAACGAACAAAAUGCGUGUAGGUCACACAACCUGCUAUACGGAUAAAGAAAGAAAAAUAGCAAACAGACAAAAUCUGCAGUUUGAAAGAACAACCACUUUCCAACCGUAUUUUAUCACUUAAGGAGCAAAACUAAGCGUAAGAUAAGAGGUAAUAAAAUUUUAUAGAUUAAGUAAAAACAAAAAAAAACGAACGAUGCCAUACAAUUUCAACCAAAAAACAAAACAAAAAACAUCAAAACCAAGAGAAACUUACGAAUAGGCCUUUCUGAUGAAUAUGGACAAAGCAAGACAACAAAGCAGUCGAAAACGCCUACUUGUGCUAAAGCGCACAAAUCACAACAAAGGCGCAACAGAGACAGAAACAAAGCAAAAACAAACGAAACAAACAAAAAUCGCGGGUGAAAGUCGACAAAUCAAUGACAGUUUUCAAAAAAAUUUAAAUCCUUAUCAAGAAAAAAAACUAACGAUUCAACCACUUUACCGCCGAUCUCCGUACACACAAUUUCUUUCUUUGUAAAUAAUGAACAUUCCCAAUUAGAGCUAAACAAAAGAGAGCAAAAAUCGAACAACAAACGUUUUCCAAUAGUGAUUGUCCAGAACAGAACAGAAAACUGUCGAAGCGCGAAGAACUUUAAUCGGAAAAAACGAUUUAAAGAGGCAAAUGAAACUUGCAAUAAAAACUUUUAGUUUGAGUUUUUUAUAUUUUUUUUUGCCUCUAGUACUGUACUGUUUAGUAAUGUUUAACAAAUUUGUUCCAAAUUCAAUUUGUUUUUUUUUCUGAAUCUGAACUUAAUGUAACUGGCCAUAUAGUUCGAGUUACUGGGCCACAACUUGAAGUUGACAGAAGACGUUUUCGAUCGAGAAAGAAGAAGAAAAAGAAUCUAAACUCCGAGUAAAAAACUUGGUUCUAAAUAUAUUUUAAAUUCUGGGUUUUUAAUCUGAAAAUAUUCAUUUUGAAUCUAUUUCUGCAAAAAAACUUUAUUUCCAAUCUGAGUCCUCAAUUCUAGAUCUGAAUCUUAAUUCUAAACCUGAAAACUGGAUCAGAAUUUUGAAUCUGAAUUUUGAUCUGCUUACCAGAAUUUUAAAGUACAAGCCAUGUACAAAAUAUAUUUGGUUUAAUUUGUUUUUCAGUCCAUAAAAUUUGAUAUUUUACAAAAUUUUGACAACAUUUACAUCGCGUCAAAAAUUGUCUCUUGUAAUAAUGAUUCAUCUUCCUAGAAAUAAAAAUUGGUUUACAUCAAUUCGAGGAAUAGUUCAAAGAUUCUGUUUGUUUUUGUGGGACCACGAAUGAUAAAAAUUAAAAAAAAAAAAACAAACAAAACCAAACAAUAUAACUGAUGAAAAAUCUCCGCGGAACAGCUGGUAAAAUUCCAAGUGCCGAUUUGUGAUGCCGCGCAUCAUCAUUUCGGAUAUUUACGGAUGUCUUUUCCUGCCUGAAACACGAAAAAUUUAUCCAAACCACGGAGGCAGAAACAGAAACAAAUUGACCAUUGAUGGAUGAUUGAAACGCUGCUUGUACAUUGCCUGAAUCGACAGAGAACAUUUAUCAUUCGUAUUCGCGCUUUUCCGCUCUUUCCACGGAACCCGAAAGGCGGUUCGUUUCCGAAAUCAACAAGUCUCACUCACCACAGGUGUUUGACGUAUUAUCUGACAUUUUUUCUCUCCGUGCAAACCGAAAGUUUGCGACGUAGCAACAGUGCACCCCGAAAAAUUUCUUAACUUUGUUCCUUCACCUUAUAUCAAUAAAUCGAGACAGAGAGAGAGAGAGCGAAAACAUCUAUUUGCAUUCUAACCAUUCCAUAUCAGAAAAGCGGAAAAUGUGAGAAGAACUUCAAUCAGAAGAAAUAAAAAAAGAUAGGACGUAUAUUUAAACCAAAACGUUGAGAAGAUCAAGUCAGAUUGUUCUGAAACUGGACAGACAUUUAAAUGCGAUAGCGCUCACACAAAACUGAAAAUUCCGACUGGUAUUUUUCAAUUUUAUCUUCUCCGAUUUCAAUUUUGAAUGAUCAACAAUAUUUAAACGCCUUUGGAGUCCUUUAAAAGGACACAAUUCUUCUAAACUCUUAAGAAGACUUCAACAGAAACAGCUGAAUCAUAAUCUACAAUAGAGAAACAACAAAAUCACCGAACAUGAUUCAAAAACUUCGAUCAGUUUUACCUAGAUAAAAUCAGAUGUUUUGCUUUCGGACAACCAAAGGUCUAUUGUGCAUGUGUAAAUAGAACGAUUACCCAUAUUUCAAAAAGAGAAUAGAACCAAAAAAACCAAAAAAAAAACAAGAAGUGACAAAAGCCACUGGAGAAAAAUGUCUAGGAUUGCAAAACAAUUGAUUAGACGACAAUGUGGAUUCGGUGGAGACAAAAAAAAUAUGAAAAGAAAAUGAAACCAUUCCAAAUCCUAACGAUAUGGUUACAACAAUGCGAGACAACGCUAAAAGUGACAUACAAAAACGUAUCCCUUAAAAGUCUCUAUGGUGAGCUAAACCCGAAAAACAAAAUCGACAAAAAGAGAAUGGGGCAAAUACAAUGAAGAGAAGACAAAGAGAACAAAACUAUUGUAAAAUAUAUAUAUGAAGGUGAUUAAUAAAAAACUGAAAUACAAUCUAAA